CUCUCCUCUCCCGUCCCGUGAUGCCUCGCGCCGCGAGUGGAACAGGCGCAAGAUGGCGGCUGAGCGGCAGGUGGUCAGCGGCGGUAGCGGCCGUGGAGGUGGUGGAAGCGGCGGCGGCAACAGCAGCGGAGGCUCCGCGGCGGGCCUAGAGGAGAACAAGGAGAAUGAGAAGCCGAAACCGGGCGGCCUUGGCGAUAGCCUGGGCCUGGAAAUCCUUCAGAUUGUUAAGGAAUCGCAACAGCAACAUGGGUUACGGCAUGGUGAUUUUCAGAGAUACAGAGGUUACUGCUCCCGACGACUAAGAAGACUCAGAAAAACUCUUAACUUCAAGAUGGGAAAUAGGCACAAGUUCACAGGCAAGAAAGUAACAGAAGAACUGUUAUCCGACAACAGAUACUUGCUCUUGAUUCUGAUGGAUGCUGAGAGAGCCUGGAGUUAUGCUAUGCAGCUUAAGCAGGAAGCCAACACAGAACCUCGCAAACGAUUCCACUUGUUAUCUCGCCUGCGCAAAGCAGUAAAACAUGCUGAGGAGCUGGAGCGCCUGUGUGAAAGCAACCGCGUGGAUGCCAAGACCAAGCUGGAAGCUCAGGCAUAUACAGCAUACCUCACAGGUAUGCUCCGCUUUGAGCGCCAGGAAUGGAAAGCAGCAAUGGAGGCAUUCAACAAAUGCAAAACCAUAUAUGAAAAGCUGGCUAGUGCUUUCACGGAUGAGCAGGCUAUACUAUAUAAUCAGCGAGUGGAGGAGAUCUCCCCAAAUAUUCGUUAUUGUGCUUAUAAUAUUGGUGACCAGUCUGCUAUUAGUGAGCUAAUGCAAAUGAGACUGAGAUCUGGAGGCACUGAGGGGCUUCUUGCUGAAAAACUUGAGUCAUUAAUCACCCAAACCCGAGCAAAGCAGGCAGCCACUAUGAGUGAGGUAGAAUGGAGGGGAAGAACAGUGCCAGUGAAGAUAGACAAAGUGAGGAUCUUCCUGCUGGGGAUGGCUGAUACUGAAGCAGCUAUUGCUCAGGCAGAGGAAGAAGAAACUAAAGAACGGCUGUUUGAAUCCUUGCUGAGUGAGUGUCGUGAUGCAAUACAAGCUGUUCGUGAAGAACUGAAACCAGAUCAGAAGCAGCGGGAACACUCUUCAGAAGUGGAUUCUGGAAAGGUUACUAAUAUCCAGUACCUGCACAGUUACCUGACAUACAUCAAGCUGUCCACAGCCAUCAAGCGCAAUGAGAGUAUGGCAAAGGCAUUGCAGAAGGCGCUGCUUCAGCAGCAGCAGCCCGAGGAAGAUGGCAAGCGUACAGCUCGGCCUCAGGAUUUGAUACGCCUUUAUGACAUCAUCUUGCAGAAUCUGGCAGAGUUGCCACAACUUCCUGGUCUGGAAGAAGAUAAAGGCUACCUAAAGGAAAUUGGGAUAAAGACACUGGUGUAUAAAGCUUACAGGUGUUUUUUCAUUGCACAGUCAUAUGUUCUAGUGAAGAAGUGGAGUGAAGCCCUUGUUUUGUAUGAUCGAGUUCUGAAAUAUGCCAACGAAGUCCAGGCCCAAGCUGGAACUUAUAAGAACAGCUUAAAGGAGCUGCCUGAUGUCCAAGAGCUGAUCACUCAAGUGAAUGCAGAAAAAUACUCCUUGCAAGCAGCUGCCAUAUUAGAUGCAGGUGACAACCAUGAGAUUGAAUCACCAUCCCAGGUCAAGGAUGGCAAGCCACUUUCUGAACGGUUUGAGACUUUCUGCCUGGAUCCUUCUCUUGUCAGCAAGCAAGCCAGUCUGGUGCAUUUCCCGCCAGAAUUCCAACCGAUACCAUGCAAGCCUUUGUUCUUUGACCUGGCUCUCAACCAUGUUACUUUACCACCCCUGGAGGACAAAGUGGAGCAGAAAGCAAAGAGUGGUCUCACAGGAUAUAUCAAGGGCAUCUUUGGAUUCCGGAGUUAACCGGGGCCAUUCUCAAGAAGAGCGCUUUUCUUCCUGUGUUUUGGGAUGGCUCCAGCAGGUUCAGACCUUAACUACUUAUGUCUAAAAUCUGUAUGGGAGGUCUUUAAUAACUUCCCACUAUUCUCUUUGUUUGCACACCUGUUUUAUUAGAAACUUUCCACCCUGAGAACAUGCAUUAUGUGGUCUGUCUCCCAACAUUUGAAACUGAAGGAAAGAGCUGGAGUCUCAAAUCACAUUUAUCAAUCAGUUCAGGCAGGAAUAAUGCCCACUUCGUGUGGGCUAGGCAUAUCAUUUUGUUUUACAGCUGAUAUGGUACUUUUAAUUUUUAAAAAGCUAACCCAGCCCUCUGGACAGUACAGAACAGAGGGGAACCAAAGGCACAUAUAUGUCUUCAGAUUUGGACUGUCUAAGCAAAGUAUGCAAAAACCCACAGCUGGCUAGAUAAAGUAAAAAUGAGAUUGUUUAAGAAUACACUUUAAAGCGUAUUGUAUAGUCUUUCCACAUUGAGGCACCACUUCUCAGAACAGAGGAAUAUGUUUCUCAGAGGGUCUUUCUUAGAACCUAAAAAGUCUUUCGGCUUCAGAAAGAACAAGCUACUAUCAUUUUAUAUCUUGAAAAACUCCUGACACUUCUUCAGUUUCCCUCUUCAACUUAGUUGAAAGUGGUAAAUUGGGAGGGUGGCUUUGUUGCUUAUUCUGUCUUUUACCUCCUUUCUGACAUUAUAUUUCGUUGUUUUAGGGAUUCCACUAGUGAAGAAUCAAAAGUGGAGCCAAUGAAAUCUUAAGCAAUAAAGAUCUCUAGCCAUGUGUUCAUGGUGCAUUUUUUGUGAGAGCAUUUAUCUGUGCUGUGGGAAUCCAAGUAUCUUUAUGUCAAUAUCAUUCCCCCACCCCCACCCCCAAAAAAUGCAUAGGCACAAUUAUUCUAAAUAUUUGUGAGCCUGAAUUGUAUAUUUGACUUUUUUGCAAGCUAUAUUACUGGUCUUAGGUAGUCUGAAAUAUUAGUUUGAGAUGAGAGUCCUUAGCCAUAUUUUCGUGUUUAUAUUUUGUCAUACUGUGCUCCAGUUUAGCUCUGUUUCUUCAUGGCAUUGUUGGAAACAGUUUUGAAACUGGAUUGUUCAGUUAUAGAAAUACUCAACAAAAACUGCUUUUCAGCCGCUCAGCAAGCUGCAGAGAAUUAAAAUUUUCAGAUUAAAGAUAAAUUGGGUUUAAUUAUACCAAUGUUAUUGGAUUUAUGUACCAUAUGAAAAGAGUGCCCCACCUGUUUUAAAGAAAUGGUCUUUCUGAUCUGUCUAUGGGAAGGGGGUUUUAUAGGGGGGGAAAACCUAUUGCAAAAGAAAAAGGAAGUAAUAUUUUUAAUUUUAUCAAGAGAUGAAAUUUCACAUUGAGAUGCAGUAGUAAGCCAAUGAUUUGUUAGUUCUAUUGAAGGUUAAAUGGAAAUGAGAUCUUUUGUCAAGUGACUGGGUCCAAUCUCCUUUCUGGGGAUGUGCCUAUCAGUGUUUCGUUGAUUGUACUUUGCUUCAAGCUCUGCUGUCGUCCUUUUUUCAGAUCUGAAUUAAAUCUGAGAACUCUGCUCCUCUUACAGAUGUAGCCAAACUUUCUUUUUGUUUGCGUUCUACCCCACACCUGUGGGCAACUGGACACAUUCCACUCCCUCUGCUUUUGUCCUUGUUUGCUGUCACAAAUGGCGACUACUUCCUUUGUGAAACAUGCUAUGGAACAAAGCAUGUUGGUCAGACAGAAGUGAAAUCCUGAAACAAUAAAGGACUUAUUCCUUCUUUCUAAAA